AUGAAGUAUGAAUUUUUCAUUGUUGAAUAUAACAUUCGAUUCAGAGAUAUCAACAUGAUACAUUGUACAUUGUCAAAAAAGCGGAAGUUAGUCAUUCAAAAAGGAGGAUUUUUAAAUUUCCUCAUUCCUGCAGCUCUCGAGAGUGAUGCUGAAAACUAUAUGAGGCAUAAACUCCAAGGAGGGAGGCUGUAUUUAAAAAAAGGAGUCAUACCCCAUAUCUUUGACUGCCAACAAGAAAGAAAGGUUGCAGCUUCUACUGAGAGAGCCACAAAAAGGCAAAGAAGAAAUGAAGUAAUAAAUCUGCUUCACAUUUCUGACAAUGCAAAUUCAUCUACUAACUCACCUUCUGUGCAUCAAGACUUGGAUAUAAGCAACGAGUUUUCAACUCCUACUUACUGUGAUGCUGCAGUACAAGUAGACAUCAGGAUCAAACCAUUGUAUAGGUCCAAAGCCACGAACACUAGAAAAAUUGAAACUGCCGAUGUUGCAUGCAUCACCACAACUACAGCGUUUGACAUUGCUUGUAAUACAUCUAGUCCAUGCUACGAGAUGGAGGAUUCUGCAAGUGAGAACGACGAGAUGGAAGCUGAUCCAGAAUAUGACUUGGUUGACGACAGUGACAGUGAUUUUGAACUGGAAAUGGAUAGCACUGAAGCCAAUCAGCAAAUAAGAAGAUGCAUGACAGAUGCAGUGCUCAAGCACUCGCUUAUGUGCUUGGGCAUCCCUUUGCAAAUUAUCUUUUUGAUUGAAUUUUUGUCAAAAAAGGCAAAGUGCUCACCUUUACACAUCAUCAUCUGUUUGAAGAAAAUUAAAAUGGGUGAUAGCUAUGAAUAUCUGGCCAUGUUAUUUGGUAUGUCGCCCAGUAAUGUUGCCAGGAUUUUCAAGAGAACUGUGUGUUGUCUGGCUGCAGUCUUGCAAAAUUUUAUCAUAUGGCCUGAAAGAGAAGUGAUCCGACGGUGCUUGCCAAUAGCCUUUAGGGCUCGCUAUGGAGAAACCCAAAGCAUCAUCGACUGUUUCGAAAUAAGGAUUGAUAAGCCAUCAAAUCCUGUAUAUCAAAGUUUGACGUGGUCGGAGUAUAAAAAAUCCAAUACUCUUAAGUACUUGAUCUCUUGCACUCCUGAUGGAACAGUUAGUUUUGUUUCUAGAGGCUAUGGGGGUCGUACUUCAGAUGCUUUAGUGUUUGAAGAUUCUGGGUACAUGGAGAAUUUACUGCCUAAUUUAGAUGUCAUGGCUGAUAGGGGUUUCAAAAAUGUUGCACAUUUGCUGCAACAAAAAAGUUGCAGGCUUGUAAGACCCCCUAGUGUAUCGAAAGAUGUACCAAUGUCUGCAGAAGAUGUAAAGGCCUCAAAGCGAAUUGCUGCUCUGCGAAUUCACGUAGAGAGAGUGAUUGGGCGUUUAAAAUUUUUCCAUAUGUGUUCACCUGAUGCCUGCAUAGACCAUAACCAUUUGCAGAUUUUUGAUCAUGUUAUUGUGGUUGUGUGUGGACUUAUCAAUCUUCAAUCUAAAUUAAUUAAAAGUUAA